GUCAUCCCCGUUUUGGUGGGAGAUGUUGAGCUCAGUUGGGAUGUGGUUGGCAGGCAUCUGGGACAGAGAAGUGGGCUGGAGAUGGUUUGGGUUGCUAUUAGAGAAUCGGUGGCCGAGGGAGUCGUGGCUGCGAGGAAACUCAUUGGCUAAGAAGGUGCAGGAUGGAGAUUCCAGGAAAACCAGCCCUGGGAAGUGGAGGGAAGAUCAAGAACAGGAGCCUGCAUGGGGGUCUGAGAGGGCACAGCCAGAGAGUUGGGGGCCUGGAGAGCUUCUGGGGUCAAGGGAAGAAUUUUCAGAAGGAUAUGGUCUAUCGUGUCAUGGCCAUCUGACUCUGAGCUGUCACUUUGUUAGAAAAGCUGUGUGUGUGUGGGUUUAUGUGUGUGUGGGGGUGUGUUUAUCUCUUUAAGUGGCUGAUGGGAGAGGGGGUUCUGGAACUCCUCCUGCCUCACAGAGACCCAGUCUUCCUUCCCCCACACCUCUGGACUCUGUGUCUAAGAAGCCCCUUGAGCUGGGUGUCAGUCAUUUAGGUGGGUGUGUGCAUGGGGGUUGGGGGAGGGCACUGGACAGGUUAGAGGCACACUCCACUGGAGGAUGGAGAUCUUUGAAAGACAGAGAGGUCCUUAAGCUGUGACUCCCUGUGGGUAAGGUCUCAAGGCGCCCAAUAGUAGCAGUAGGACAUGGGAGAAGGAGGUCUUGGGUUUGGGAAGGGCCUGAGGGAGGGGUCCCCAGACAGGGGUGCUGGGGUGAAAUCUGGGAUAUGUAGGGACAUGUGUGUGUGGGUCUCAAGGGCUUGAAAGAGCUGAGAGAGGGGCCUGGGGGUGGGAGGGGUGUUGGCCAAUCUUGCGUGUGUGACCCUCCGCAGCAGCCUCCCUGGCAUGGGGAUGAAGCGGCGCCUUCAGAGCGGGGGCACCUUGCUGGGCUUCUUGGCCCAAAUCCUCACGAUUCUCUCCACUGCCACCAACUACUGGAUUCACUACCCUGGGGGCCACAGUGGCCUUUGGAAGGAGUGUAAUGGCGGCAUCUGCUCCAACAUCCCCUGCCAGACCAUGCUGGCGGUGGCGGGCGCGUGCAUGGUGCUGGCGGCGUGCUCUGCCGUCGUGGGUUUAGUGAUGGGGCUGCGGAUUCUGUGCCACGAGGGUGACUCGCGGGGCCAGACUAUGAGCGGCACCUUCUUCCUCUGCGGGCUGCUGCUGCUGAUCGCCCUGACAGGCUACACCGUCAAGAACGCGUGGAAAAACGACGUCUUCUUCUCAUGGUCCUAUUUUUCGGGGUGGCUGGCUUUACCCUUCUCUAUUCUCGCGGGCUUCUGCUUUCUGCUGGCGGACAUGAUCGUGCAGAGCACGGACGCCAUCAGCGGAUUCCCCGUGUGCUUGUGACCGCAGCCUGCCUGGGGCAGAAUAAAGGAACGGCUUUCACCGCC